AUGUUCCCGUCUGACAAGUCAGGACGACGUGCACGGCCGUUUACGGAGGCAACAGAAACACGGGGCAGAGGUGCAUUUGACAGACGGAGGCCCCGUCCGAGGUUGCCCGCCUGCAGCGACGACGCGAUUAGCAGCGGCCGCGGGAAUGUGGCGAGACAGGUCCAGGUUGCCCGAAGAGCGUUGGCGACGCCCUCGGCUGCUCCAGAAAGCAGCCAAGCGCCACCGCCCCCACCUCCAUCCCCGCCAAAAGCUUCCAGGUGGCGCAGGUUCCUCCAGGGCGCCGGGAGCGUCACUAUCGUGUCCGUGCUCUCGACCGGCGGCCUGUUUUACUACGUCACCCAGAAGGAGCGCAAUCCGGGCCCUCAGCUGCCCUUUGAUCCCUCGAAGAAGACGGUCGUCGUGCUCGGCAGUGGGUGGGCCUCGGCGAGCUUCUUGAAAAACUUGGACACGGCAAACUACAACGUCAUUGUCGUCAGCCCACGUAAUUUCUUCCUCUUCACUCCCCUUUUGCCGAGCGUGGCCGUCGGCACAUUGUCACCCAAUUCUAUUUUACAACCUAUUCGUUAUCUGACCCGUCACAAGGAGCGACAGGUCACCGUCAUUGAAGCAGAGGCAAAAUCCGUCGACCCUGUUGCGAAAACCGUGACCUUUGCUGAUGAAACAGAGAUUCAAGGAGAGGUGUUCUCAAACACAUUAAAGUAUGACUACCUUAUCUACGGUGUCGGCGCGGAAACACAGACCUUCGGUAUUCCCGGUGUCAAGGAGAACGCCGUAUUCAUGAAGGAGAUCCAGGAUGCUGACCGGAUGAAGCGUCGUUUCAUGGACUGCAUCGAAUCGGCGGGAUUCCCUGGGCAGAGCGAUGCUGAAAUAGAUCGCCUGCUGCACAUGGUGGUCGUGGGUGGUGGUCCCACCGGCGUUGAAGUCAGCGGUGAACUGCAUGACUUCCUCGAGGAUGAUCUCAAAUCCUGGUACCCCGAGCUUUCUUCCCGCAUCCGCAUCACGCUGGUCGAAGCCCUGCCCUCCGUCCUGCCCAUGUUCAGCAAGGAGCUCAUCAGCUACACCGAGUCCACCUUCAAAGAAUCCAAAAUCGACAUCCUCACCAAGACGAUGGUGAAGGAGAUCAAGGAGAAGAGCGUGGUGCUCCAGAUGCCAGACAAGAGCAUCAAAGAGGUGCCCGUGGGCAUGGUCGUCUGGGCCGGCGGGAACAAGGCGCGGGACGUCACGGUGGACCUGAUGAACAAGCUUCCGCAAGCGCAGGUCAACAAGCGCGGCAUCACCAUCGACGACCACCUCCGCAUGGCCGGCACGGACGGCUCCAUCUUCGCCCUCGGCGACUGCACGGCCUCGUCGUACGCGCCGACCGCCCAGGUCGCCUCCCAGCAAGGCGCGUACGUCGCGCGCAUCUUCGCGCAGCUCGCUAAGCGCGACACCCUCGCGGACCAGCUCGCCGCCGCUCCGGACGGCGCAGCCGCUGGGGCGCUGCAGAAGCAGCUCGCCAAGGCGGAGAAGACGCGCCCGUUCCACUAUUCGCACCAGGGCUCGCUGGCGUACAUCGGCUCGGAAAAGGCCAUCGCGGAUUUGGUGUUCUUCAACCAGAAGAUCGCGAGCGGGGGCGUCGCGACGUAUCUGUUCUGGCGCAGCGCGUACCUCAGCACGCUCUUCUCGCUGCGCAACCGCGUCCUCGUCGCCAAUGACUGGCUCAAGGUCAAGAUCUUCGGCCGUGACCUCGUUCGCGACUGAUCGCGCGUGUCUCGAUUACUUUCGCAUCUCGAAUCGCGCCCAUUAUUUAAGCACAUAAAUAUAUAGACAAGUACAUAUCGGGGGGUCCGCGGCCUGUCUCCCCAUCGCCUCGCCUCGCCUCCCUUCCGCUCGUUUGCUGCCCACCUGGUCCGGCUCGCGUUAUCUCUACCUUUUCUGUUUUUUUUUCUUGCCUUUGCCUUUUUCUUGCGCGUUAUGACCAUCGACAACAUAGACCAUAGAUUCAUAUCUUACGACAACGACGACACGUUAUGCGUUACACAUUACCUACAGGCAGCGCGCGGCUAUGGAGGCGGUAGCAGCAGUGUCUUAUUUUUGUUUUGAUCUU